AUUAUCGCCAACGGCUGCGCGCAUGCCCACUUUCUUUGACCGUCAGUACGCAUGCGCGAUCAGUGUCAACCGGCGUCGCGGUCGCUUUCAUCAUAAUUAUAACCUCAAUUCAACAAAAUAUUUAUAUUGGAAUUUUAUAUAGUUUCCGUGCAAAAUGGCUCAAAUGGACGCUUUAAGCAAAAUCGGUGUCAUCGGUUUGGUGCUGCUUGCGAUAUGGCUAGUGAAGUUCUUGUUUAAUGUGAUUUUUACCUAUGUUAUUGGUCCAGCAGUGAAUAAAGUGGACUUUAAAUCGAAAGGGAAAUGGGCAUUGGUCACCGGCUGCACAGACGGCAUCGGCAAACAGUACGCGAGAGAGUUGGCUGCCCGCGGUUGUGAUAUUGUUCUAGUCAGUCGAUCUAUCGACAAGCUGAGGGCGACUGCUGAAGAAUUAGAGAAAGACUACAAGGUGUCAACAAAGGUGAUCCAAGCGGACUUCUGCGAGGGCGAGGAGAUAUACACGAAUAUCGCGAGGGAGAUCUCGGAUCUGGAGAUCGGCACGCUGGUCAACAAUGUCGGCAUUUCCUACUCGUACCCCGAGUACUUCCUGGACGUGCCUGAUUGGGAGAAGAUGAUGUCCAACCUCAUCAAAGCCAACGUGGCAUCGGUGACUAAAGUUACCGGUCUCGUUCUGCCCGGCAUGGUGAAACGCGGCAAGGGCGUCGUCAUCAACAUCGGGUCCGCUUCCUCCAUCAUUCCCAGCCCGUUGCUGACCGUCUACGCCGCGUCAAAGGCUUACGUGGACAAAUUCACCGAGGGCCUCGACAUGGAGUACAGGAAAAAGGGCAUUAUCUCUCAAUGUGUAAUGCCCGGUUUCGUGUGCACGAACAUGUCCGGGAUCCGCAGGAGCACCUUCUUCGCGCCCACGGCUAAGACUUUUGUGAAGUCCGCCUUGAGUCUAGUUGGCACUGUCUCUAGGACGACCGGGUACCUGCCCCAUGCUAUCUUCACGAAUGUUAUCAACUUCAUCAAUGAAGUCAGCGGGAAUUUCGGCGUGUGGCUGGUUACCAGGUCCAUGGAGAACAGCCGCGCUCGAGCACUGAAAAAGAAAGGGAAACUGGAAGCCUGAUUUUUCGCGUUUUUAUUGCAAACAUAUUUUUAAGAUGUUAUUAAGUUAAUAUUUUGAUAGUUUAGCUGUUAUUUUUUGUUAUAUUUUUUGUUAGUUGAAUAGCCAUAAAUAUGUACAAGUUAUUAAUUGUUUACAAUUCUGUUUUCACUAUUGAAAAAGACACGGUGCAUUGAAUUUUAAUGUAUUAAGUUCGCAUUUAAUUACACAAUCAAACGUACAAAUAAAUUAACGUAAUGUAUAAACAUAGACAUUCAUUUACUAUUAUCAGACAGAAGUUUUUGUGGCACAAACGAGUGUUUGAGAAAAUGAAACAUCGAUUAAUCUGUAUGUAUCGAUAAGUCAGUCUUAGAUUAAUAAUUAAAAGAUCUAACUUCUACUUGCUGUAAAUGACCGAGAAAUUUCAAGUCUGCAAAUCAAUUAAAAACCAGUACAUACUUUUUCUAUCACAUAUAUAGUAAACACCCCUUUAAUGGAACAGGCACCAGUAAUGGGAUGGUAUAGACAAAACACCCUGAAUCCUGUAAAACAAGUAUUUACCAGCAGUUUUUAAUCGCUGGCAACAUUUUACCAUAAACAAGAGCCAAAGAGCUGCUUAAGUUUAAUUUUUCAUUGAUAUUUGUUAUUUUGAAAAUGAAUGGCGCCAUACAUUCCAUGACUGGAGCAAAAAACCACAGUUUUAAUUGGUUAAUAAUAUUGAAAACAAUUGCAGUAGCUUUCAUUAAAUACAUAAAAAACAUAAAGGAUGAAUUGGACAUUCAACUUUUAAAGAGUAAAGCGGUAGAAAAUCUACAGGUAUCGGUGAAAUAUCAAAAACACUCAAAAUUUUCUCUUAAAUGUUCCAUGAUUGGUGCCGUUAACAUAGUUAGUACUUAUUAAUUAACCUAAACUAUAGUAUACAGUGCCAAAAAUAAUAGAAAACUGCCAAUAUAUCAAAGAAGACAUCGAACGUGUUUUGUAUUCCGCGGUAGCUAUCUUCUUAUAUAAUGUUAAAAAAAUAUCUAUAACGUCAAGGUAACAUCGAUAACAGACAUGUCGAUAUUUCAUUUUGUCAAUCACUUUAUUUUGCCACAAACACUUCUGUCUGAUUAUUAUAAACUAGCAUCUGCCCGUAAAAUGAUAAUAUAUAUAGAUAUGUAUAUGGAAUGUUAGAAGACUAAUUUAUUUGUGCCGAAUAUCGUCACCUGAGCAGCAGUUUCUGUGAGAGUCCAUCCCAACAAAAAAAAUCACAUAUGAGUGAUUUGUUGCUUAAUUUGACAAUUAUUGCAAAAUAUAUUGUUAUUGUUAGGGCUAGUUUAGCCCAUCUCUUGAAACUUUUUUAGAGUAAUGGGCAAAGCGUAAAGUAAGUAAUGGGUACCCACGUACAGUUUUAUAUACAAAAAAUAGUAGACUAACAGUGGGGUGUUUGACUUCACUUUCUCUUUUAAAAAAAUUGUUUCGGUUGUUGACUUACACCGAUUGUCGGUUCGGUUGUUGGUCGUUGUUCGUGAUAUGAAAAUGAAAAAACUAAAAAAAUCCACUACCCUUUUCUGAUUCCACAAACAUUAUUAUUGCUGAUUUAACUUAUUUCUCUUAUGUUCCAAGAAAGCAUUUAUAACUAUAAGACACGGGCUUUAUGAACAUAAAUUAUUUGUUCAUAUUAAAACCUCAUUUCAUUUCAUGUCAUAGACAAACACGUUCACAGAUCGAGUACUGUCAUUAUUUUCGUUAAGUCAAACUUUGAACCACCAACAAACAUACAAUAAUAUGCAUUACCAUUAAAUAAAUACAAAAAAUAUAACAACAAAUUAAAUCCUGAUCAAAAACAUAACACCGAAACACCAUGAAUGAACUACGAAAUCCAGCGCAGCCUUUCAAGAAAUGUUAAGAAAUGGGUGCUUCUAAAGUGCAACACGGCUGUGAUGUUGUGUUUAACUUAAACCAGAUACUGAUGGUUCUUGGAUCUAUUGUGAUACUAUUGUUGCUGUUCUUCGUUGUUUGCCACAUUACAAGUGGCAAGUAACGCGGAUGACUUGGAUAAAUACGUAGCAAUACACGCAGUAAUGCAAUACGUUAUAGCGUAACCUUAGUUCAAUGUUGUAUUGCAACUUUUGCAUUGUUCUCUACUGGCUGUAAGUUGGAUGUGCAGUUAUCUACUUGAAAUGUCUGCGGAACGAACGCUACUUAUAAUCAAGGAGCACAGUUACAUAGAUCUUUGUAAGAUCCGUUCAGUAAAGCUGCUGUGAAGUGAUGGAAUCACAUAAAGUUUCACGUAUAGGUAAAUAUGUGCCUAACUUUGUCGGUAGUUAGGCUUAAUGAUCUGGCCAACCAUUUCCGUCCAUUGACAUAUAUAUCUAAGGACGGCCCUUAAAGGCAAUAAGAAUGGGGCCAGUACAGCGGUGUCACGCACACGAAUUCGAGUCAAUCCUGCAAUCUAACGCCACAACGCGAUUGGUUGAUGAGUUCGCAUAACGCGCGCGAUUGGUCGCAACUAGUUGCGUUAGACUGCGCGAUUGGCUCGAAUUCGUGAGUGACACCGCUGAACUAGCACCUUUCUAGUGCCCAUAAGGUCCGUCCUAUACAUACAUAGAUCUAAAGAAACUUAAAAUUAACCAAAAUAGCAAACACUCGAAUUUGUUACCUUUUGUUGAUGAAAAAAAUAUUGAUGGCCUUAAAAAGUACAAACAUGUAUUCUAAAUCAAUCUUGUCAAAGCCUUUUGAGAUAUUUGUAAUCUAUGAAUAUAUACUCUGUUGUGAAAUAAAGGUAGUUCAAAACGAA